GUGAGGAAGGAAUUGUGUGGCGGACCGGUGACAUCAUCCAUACAUAGGCCAGUGCAGGAUGCUGGCUGCACAGAGCUCCCUGGCUGAGUCUGUAGAUGGAGAAGAACUGAGGAGUGACGAUGGCGAGGAGAGGCGGCAUGACAAGCCCACUGCUGACUACUACUGCCUGUACCUGUACCAGAGCGGAGGGGCCCCCCAAGAUUCUGGGACCACUGAUGAGGGUAGUCCGGGGAGCAGUGGUGCUGACACCCCACCUGGGGAAGAUUUCAGCCUUUCCCUGGUGGACACAAACCUGCCGGCUGAAGCAGAGCCGGACCUCAGGAACUUCAUGGCAAAGCGUCUCUCCCGUGGGGCCAUGUUUGAAGGGAUGGGUAACGUGGCUUCUGUGGAUCUCAGCUACCCGGAAUGUUCCCUGGGCUGUUACUACUCUCUGAUCCAGCAGACGGGUCAUUCUGAGGCAGGACCGCAGUCCUCCGAGCACGUCGUGUGCUUCCUGGGGGGGUCAGAGAAAGGUCUGGACCUCUUCAGACUUGAACUGGACAGAUAUGUGGAAGAGCUGAAGACUAAGAUACAGAUGGGUAACCUGGACUCUGACAUCCGGCCUCACCUGAGCAGCUGGUUUGAGGUCUCCAUAUUGCCGAUCCAACGAAUAGUGAACCUUUUCCAGGAGAAGCUGUCCUACCUACUACAUGCGGCACUUAGCUACACUACAGUGGAGGUGACAAACUCUGACGAGAGGACUAAGAAUGAUGUCAGCAGGUUCCUCUCCUCAGCCAGUCUGCAGGGUCUGGUACAGGAGGGCACGAUGGCAUCCCUGUGUAUUGCCAUGACUGAGAGUCGGCAUCAUACAGUCACUGUGGACUUCAGCGAUGGUCACCCGGAGCUGGUGAAUGCAGUGAGUAAUCGCUUCUGCGAGGACUGGAUGCAAUUCUUUGUCAGCAGCUAUGAGGGUGGUAGCCCCUUCUUGUUCCGCCAGAAACUGGAGAACUUCAAGCUGAAGGCCAUCCAGGACAUGAACAACCUGAAGCGGCUGAUCCGGCAGGCGGAGAGCAGCCACCAUGCCCUCUUCCGCUGUUACAACUUCCUGAAGAAUUGUGGCAAUGGCGACCUCUUGUUACAGAUGGUGAAGGUGGAACACGCUGAGAUGCCGGAGGCCAGCAGCGUGGUGACCGUUCUGGAGGAGUUCAUCCAGGAGGAAGGCUUCUCUGUACACAGCUCCUGAGCAGCGUGUGCGUCGGGACUGGUGGUGAGCAGGGGGUGGGUGUU